UUCACACUGAAUUACUAGCUGUGAUCUUCUUAUGUUUAGUAAUAUUUUUCAUAGCUCUUUGGUAUUUAAUAUUUUAUCCCGAUUCAAGACAGAUUAUGAAACGUACAAGACGUGUAAAAUCUAUGAAUAAACAGUCAAAUAAUAAAGACGCAAGAAAAGAAAUUGCCCGACUUUAUAGCUUCGAUAAGAAUGCCUAUCAAGAGACGAAUCUUUAUUCAUGUGGUAUUAGUAGUACUGAACAUUCGAAAUGUGAUUCAUUUGGUAAUGCAAGUUUAAAAACAAUCAAAGAAAUGAUGAGAUCUAAAGAAAGACAACAAAGAUACAGUUUACAACAAAUGUCAUCAUAUCAAUCAAAUGAGAAUGAUCAUAGAUUACCAGUCGCCAGUGAUAAAAAAACUAAACUUAUUUUUGGUUUAGAUAAUCCACCAUUGAAUAUCACUAAACUUCAAAUGGUACAACCAGAUUAUAAUUUAGUUACAAAGAAAGGGAAAUUAAUUCGAGCAUUCUCUGAAAGUUGUACGACUAAAUGUGCAAGUCACACUAGUAGUAUCGAUCACGAGAAUGGUGAGAUAAGUGACAAUAAAACAUCAACAUCAUCCGAUAAAGAAACACAAAAAGGAAUUUAUUUAGCAAAGUUAAGUGGUUCAGAUCUUGCCAGAAACUUACAGCCUUGGCCAAACCGUACAAAAUUCAAAUCAUUAUUUCGAAGUGAAAAAUCAUUAUCAUCAUCAAGUGAAUCUGUAUGGUCGGAGGUUAAACGUCGCUUAAGUAGUACUGAAAAAGUUUUCGACCCUGUUAUGCGUAUUUUGUCUACAGUACCACUGAAAAAUCAAACAGAUUUAGACAAUACAUGGACAAAUUUCACAAUGAACCCAGAUACAAAUGGACACAUAUGCUUUUCAUUGGCGUAUACAUGCACUGUUGGAAUACUGAAUAUAACAAUUAACCGAUUAAUUGGUGUUAGUAAUCUUAUUAAAAGUUCAAAUAUUUUACCAAGUCAAUCACCAACUAAUUUUGUUGUAAGUUUACGUUUAAGACACAAUAAAAGUUCUACAAUUUACACUGAAGCACACGAUGAAGACGAUGAAGGGAGAAUAAAUUCACGUAAUAAAAGUGAAGGUUUUCAUAAAAAUUAUUUCACACAACCAGUUUUAACUUCAUUAAACCCAAAUUUCGAUCAAUCAUUCCUAUUUUCCGUCACAAUGAACGAAUUAGAUAGUACUGAAUUAGUUUUGACGGUAUUACAGUCAACAACAGUGAAUAGUUCUACUGAUGAAUUUGCCAACUUAAAUGAUAAUAGAAUACCAAGACGUAAUAAUUCCGUCGUCUCAUGUCAUCAUUCAUAUCCCUAUGGAAAUGAUAGAUGUUCACGCAGAAUGAAUAUGAUAUCUGAGGAGAUGAGAUGUAUUGGUGUAACAUUUUACAAAUUAAACCAACAUGAAUUAAUUAAUUGUCCCGAAAAAAUGCAAAAUAUUUGGCAGGAAUUACGCAAAUUACCAGAGUUACAAAGUAGACAGUCGAAAAUAGCAAGUUGUGAUAACAAUGAUUCGAUAAGUGGUCCAGUAAAUUACAAAUUAUAUCCAUUCAUUACGGAAAAUGAGGAUCGUCAAAAAAAUGAGUUCGGGGAUGGAAAAACUUUGGUAAAUGAUGUAUUAUAUUACUCAAAUGUUUUCAAGUAG